GCAACUAUGGCAUACGCAGCAACCUAUCCAUCUCAAGCACUUUCGCACUCGUACUCGAGCAGAGGCUACCAGACACCGCGCACUCCAGGACCUGGUUAUAAUGAUUACGGACACUACCCAUACGGAGAUCCAGUUUACGACGAUGCGGACUACAACGGGUACGGAGACUCGCACUAUUCCAAUGGCUACUCGUCCUACGCGACUCCUCGCACCAGUAGUUAUUACGGAAGUGGUGCAUACGACGAUAUGGCACUGAACAGACGCUCGUCUUACUACGGAACUGAUCUCGACUACAAUGUCCCAUACACGGGAACUCCUUACACCGCGGGAGCGUUGACACCAUCUCGAUCCCGCCGAUCCUCGUCCGUAUCCUUCCAACUCCCAUCGACUUCAGGCCAGCAGCUAAGUACUUCGCAUAACAGCAGCUACGGUUAUGAUCACCGCGGCCGAGGGGUUCCGCGCAUCAAGUUCCGCUCUAAGUACUCGACCUCCGGCAUGUCUCUGUCAGAGGCAGUCGGCGGCGAGCGUCCUGUUGGUGGAGAUAGCUACAAAUGGCACGAUCUCCAUGCAGACAGGAAUGGAGAGAUCUUCCUGAGAGUUGCGUGGAACGGGUACAGAACCAUCACGUACAGGGUGCCCGUUGACUGGUAUGAUGGUCGUGUGAGGCUGUCCUCCCUCGUACGGCGCGUCGCACGCGCAUGUAUCCACUACUUACAGUCGAACAGCAUCAAUACUUCCUGGGACAUGAUUAAGAUCUACUCGAUUGAGGAAGUCAUGUACGGAACGUGGCAGCCUCAGCUUACUGUGAGGCAGUAUUAAACGGACAAACGUCAAACCAACGUUCAGGUUUCAUGCAAUGUGAUGGUCUGACAGAGUAAACCUCUUGUGAUUGUGCUUGCACUCCCAUGGGUAACUCUCAUGACCCCUGCCCAUCCCGCACCCUACGCCCCAAGACCCCCUAUCACACCUAUCUAUUCUUCUCAUAUUAACAGGCUCUACUCGCGGAACUCAUACGCAUUCGUCCCGCAGUUUUACCUCGUUGUGUUGUUGCUAUUGUUACGCUCCUUCACUGUGUACCACCACCACUUAAUUUUUUGUAACAUGUUAGCAAAAAGGGUUUGAAUCUUAUCUGCAUUGUUGAUCGUG